CAAACGAAUAGUCACUAAUGCAAUAGUAAAUCAUGAUUUCGUUAAUAUUGAUAAAAUUGCUUUUAAUAUUUGUGUCGAGUACAAUUUCACAGCAAACACUGCAAUGGAAUUUGGACAUAACUACAAGAAUUGUCGAGCCUUUAAUUCAAGAUUAUUCAGAACCAUGGACCAGUCAAAGAAUUCAAAAUCAAACCUUCCAAUAUAAAACUCAUUUUGGUAUAAUAAUUAAACAAGGUACAACAUUUAAUUUAACGGUAGAAACACCUUCCGAAAUAGAAAAUUUAUAUUUUUACUUUCUUACUGAUUUACCAUAUGAAAAAUUAAUCAUAUUAAAUCUUGCGGGAGAAAAAAAUAUGACAAAAACUUUAACAACAAAUUUUGAUGGCGUGCCUAUGAUAUCUGCUUCAAAAAAUGUUCCAUUACGGAUAAUAAUUGAAACCAAAAACUGGUUAUCAUUGCCAAUUUACAAUUCUAAUGAUGUAUCACCUUCAACAUUACAAGAAUAUCAGUCUGAAUUUUACAAAAACGUAAAGAUUUACGGAUUUGUUGAAAAUUAUUACUCACAAAUGUUAUUGUCAGCAAAUGAUAUUGAUAAUCUAAAAUUGAUUAAUUAUAGUUUACAUCUUGGUUUAUAUAAACAGAGUAAUUUAAUACAGAAUUAUGAUUAUUCAACUAGAUUAAGUGCCAAUGAAGAUAAAAAUGAAGAAACUUUCAUGAGUGUAAUGGAUCGAACAACAUUAUUUAUACGUUCAGUAAAAUGUAACCAAGCUAAUAAUACACAAGUAUCUUCGCCAUCAAUUUUACAAAGUGAUAAUAAUUCUUUUAAUUCUACAAGCAAUCUAACUAUCCAAAGAUGUCUGGAGACAAAUUUGAACCGUCAUUUCAUUUCUGGUAUGGAUUUUAGUAUAAAUCCUGAAAAUUUGCAAUCUACAAACGUAAAAGGAGAUUUGAAACCUAAUUCACCUUUGAUGUUGACGAAGGAAACCUAUGUUAAUGUUACUUUUACCAUUGAAUCACCAACUGAUCUAACAAAUUCUUGUCUAUAUUUGAAUGACAAAUGUCACACUAUUGUUGGAAAAGUUAUGAUUAUCAAAUUAUUACCAGAUGUUUAUUCCGUUUAUGUAAAAGAACAAAUUCGUGGUAAAACGUAUAUCAGUGAUGUAAAGAAUCAUACAAUUUCACAAUUUAUGUCGAUUAAUGUUGAAGUGCGAGAAGCUAAAACAGAAGUUUCACAGAAAACAGAGAAUAAUUUAAAAUAUGAAUUUGAUGCUUUGGGUUUUGCUGAUGUAGUCUUUUUAAAAAUAUUUAUAAAUUACAAGAACAUGACAAUAGAAUUAAAACAAUUGCUCAACAAUAUUAAUAAGAACUUUAAAUUAUAUUUUAUUAUCAGCUUAGAACGAAACGGUUCAUUUGUUUUUGAAUAUGAAUUCUUUGGUUCUCCCCAAAAUGAUCAAAAGCUUAUUAAUGUGGUGGAGAAAUUUCAGUACAAUGAUUUAAUUCGUAUUUAUCAUGUCCAACCACGUCGCCUAGAGUCAAAUUUUGGAGGUUUUGAUAAUAGAUAUCAAACUAAUAAUAUUAUAUUGACGCAGAAAGGUUUACAAAAAGUUAAUUACAACGAAACAGGAUUAAAUCAUGUAAAAUAUUUAUUUUAUGCUUUAGGUUAUGAUGAUAGGGUGUUCUUAAAAAUUUACAUAAAUUACAAGACAAUGACAAUAGAAUUACACCAAUUACUUAAUGAUAUACAUCCGAAUUUUGAAUUAUAUUUUUCUAUUAGUUUAGAACGAAAUGGUUCGUCUAUUUUUGAUUAUAAUUUCUAUGGUUAUCCCCAAAAUGAUCAAAAUCUUAUUAAAUUGAUAGAGAAAUUUCAGUUCAAUGAUAUAAUUCAUAUUUAUCAUGUAGAACCAGAUCGUUUAAAUUCUAAUUUGGGAAGAUUUAAAAACAAAGCUGAAAACAAUAAGUUUCUUUUGUCAAAUAAAGGUUUGCAGACUGUUAAUUUGACCCAAAUAGAAUUAAAUAAUUUAAAAUAUUCUUUUGAUGCUUUGGGUUUUAAUGAUAAGGUGUUCUUUAAAAUUGAUAUAAAUUACUGGACUAUGACAAUAGAAUUAAAACAAUUGCUAACGAUUAUUAAUGUGAACUUUAGAUUAUAUUUUAUAAUCAGCUUAGAACGAAACGGUUCUGCUAUUUUUGAAACUGAAUUCUUUGGUUCUUCCCAAAAUGAUCAACAGGUUAUUAAUGUGAUGGAGAAAUUUCAGUACAAUGAUAUAAUUCGUAUUUAUCAUGCCGAACCAGGUCACCUAAAGUCAAAUUUUGAAGGUCUUAAUAAUAAAACACGAAAUAAUAAUUUUAUUUUGGCACAAAAAAGUUUACAAACCAUUAAUUACAACGGAACAGGAGUAAAUAAUUUAAAAUAUUUUUUUUAUGCUUUAGGUUAUGCUGACAGGGUAUUCUUAAAAAUUAAUAUAAAUUACAAGACUAUGACUAUAGAAUUACAUCAAUUACUUAACGAUAUUCAUGAGAAGUUUGAAUUAUACUUUUCUAUAAUUUUAGAGCGAAAUGGUUCUUCAAUUUUUGAAUAUAAAUUCUUUGGUUAUCCCCAAAAUGAUCAAGAGUUCAUCAAUUUAAAAGAGAAAUUUCAGUUAAAUGAUAUAAUUCAUAUUUAUCAUGCCGAACCAGAUCGUUUAAAUUCUAAUUUAGAAGGAUUUGAAAUUAAAGCUAAAAAUAAUAAGUUUCUUUUGUCAAAUAUUGGUUUACAUGCUGUUAAUUACAAAGAAACAGAAUUAAAGAAUUUAAUUGAUUAUUCGGGUUUUGUUAAAAGGAUGAUGUUAAAAUAUCUUCCUAAAGAUAUGAUUUUCUUUCUUUUGGUUUAAAAAUUAGUUUACUAUUUGUAGAAUAUAAUCCUACAUUACUAAUCUAUAAUUAGAUGUAUAAAUGUCUAUUAGGGUGGUCGUUAAUAUGGUCAUUUUGGAAUCGAAUUUAUUCCACCCCCUAGUUUGGAAGGAAAAAAAUAAAAAAAAAUUUUGGCAUAAAUUAAAACCCUUUAUCUCAAUAUUAAGGGGUGCCUCUGGAGGUCGACAUUUUUGCAUUAAAUUUACAUAGGUUUUUUCUACGUUUUGGUAAAUUAAAUGUUAUGGCAUCUGCUUAAUGAUUUAAAAAUUCAAAAACCGUUCUCUUUACUGAAGCGAAGAUUUGGACAACAUUGUCUGUCAUUGUGACACUAGAAAUUAAAAUCAAAGAAGUAAAUCGAUUAGAAGUUUCAAUAUUCAAACUUACAAA